AUGUCGGAUGCUGACAGAAAGCUUCAUCAUCAAAUCCACAAAGUGCCGCUGUCAGGAGUCUGCCCUUGUUUGGACUGCACCAAGUUCGCCAUCAAGCAAUGGUCUUUCGGCAACAGCAAGUUCGAGAAACGUUCGCUGUCAAGUUUCUACGCACACUUGAAAACAUACCCGUAUGCAACCGUUGCUGAUGUCAUCCAGGCGUAUCCCGAAAUGCGACAACGCUUUGAGACGCACUUUCGAGAGGAGCAAACUGUUCCAAUGGCGGUGGAUUCUACUCCCCCUACUCCGCCACUGCACGCGUCUGAGCCAGCUGCCAUGGCAGUGGAUGACCAUGGUGUCGACUACGAUGAUGGCUUCGGCGAUGUCCACGUCGCUGACCACGGUGACGCUCCUCAAGCUCCUCUGGGAGCUGAUGACGACGAAUACGAAAGCGACUUCGAAUUGGACGUCGAAGCGACUGACGAAGCGGACGAUACCUCGAACAAUGCCACAAUCAAUGACCCGAGCGAGACGUCAGAGGAGGCGACUGCAGCACCAGGAGCGGCCGAACCAGGAGCGGCCAAAAACAAAGGACCGACACCUAGAGCAACUCGCACAGCUGCUGCGUAUCUGCAGCUUCUCCAAUUCCUCAAUGACAUCAAAAUCAAAGGCAAGGUCACGAAAGACAUCUUCACUCAACUUCUCACGGGUAUCCACAAGUACUGCUCCGAGAUUAAAGCAAUCUUGGAUGAUCAUUCGACGAGAUUGGUCUCUUUGUUCCAGACGUUUCUUUCGGACGUUCAACAGCGUACAAAUGUCGACCCAAUUGCGUCUGCGGGCGCGUUCUUAGUCCAAUGUCAAGAGAGUUAUCCUGUGAUUCAAGUUGUUCCUCCGACCAUCCAUCGAUUUACGAAGGCUCUCAGACUCGUCAAUCUUCUCCCGCCAGCGUCACCUGUCGACAAGAACAAUUAUUUUCAACGCAUGAAAAACCUGUACACUGAUAGCGACCAGAUCAAGUGGUACCGCGUUGGCUGUGCACACUCACUCAGUUUGAAGGAAGUGCUGCUUCUCGCGCAUCGAUGCACCAACACCAAUUGCCCUGCCCGUUUCUCACGUGAGACCAUCUACCCGUACAUGUCGCUUAUUCCGCGUUUGAGAAACAUGUUCGCGGAUGAAAAUCAAGUCAAGGGCCUCGUCGACAGGUUCGGCAUCGACUUCAGCGAUCCGCAACAAGUUCAAAGAGCCUUGACCGACGAUUGGCCGUCAACCAUCACCAGGCACAACGACAAGCUUGACUCAUUGCGCAGCUUCAGCCACCCGCUGGAAGGGCUGCAUUUCCGUACACCAAGUCGUCGCACGUUCCUGUCAGAGUCUCCUUGGAACAUCAGCCUUGCUUUCUUCUAUGACGGCAAUAGCACAUCGAUUCAUCUGGCCUGUCUCUUUUCUGCAGGGGAAGGAGCCGAAAAGUCUAAUGCCAUAUUCAAGGCCCAUGCUGCAAGAGCUCAAGACGCUCUCUAA